UUAACCCGAACGUCACGAUCAAGCCCCGCCAAAUGCUUGUUGCUAUGGAUACGAGGUUUUUGUUUACAGGCUGAGGAGGGUUUUUUUUUGUUGUUGUACUUUUUUAUUAGAAAUGGACUCAAAAAUGCGUUUAGAAAUUGUGGGGUUAGUUAAAGAACGUGAUUUUCAUGUUGCCAAAAGUAUUGCCGAGGGAUUAAAACAGAAGUUUCCCGAGUCCUUUCUGCAUCCAAAAAUUCAACCACUGUUGGAAUUUGACUGGCACACAUAUCUGUGCAACAAGAAAAGGGAGCUGUGUGGUGAAGUGUGGCAGUACUCCAGCAGCCUGAUGUGCUUUCUGAACGGCCUUCUCCUUGGUAAUGAGAAGGAUCUCGCCAGCUGGGCCAAGAGUCAGUGGAGUUUCACUUUCACUCGGCCGCAGGCUUUCUAUACGGCUCUCGCUGAGGACGACUACACCAAACACCUCCAGAAAACUGGGCACCAGUUUGUCUUCAUGGACAUUCAGAUAGCGGGAGAGGCAGCAGGGAGGUUAUUGUUUGAGCUGUUCUCAGAUGUUUGUCCAAAGACAUCAGAGAACUUCAAGGGUCUGUGCGCAGGAGAGCGAGGUCUGUCACAGAGCGGCCUCUCUCUUUGCUACAAGGGCUCUUUGUUUCAUCGUGUUGUGCCCAACGGCUGGGUGCAAGGUGGAGAUAUUUCUCCAGAAAAGAAAGGUAACGGAGGGGAGUCAAUCUACGGACCAACGUUUGAAGACGAGAGCUUUGCCGUGUCACACACUAAACGGGGCACUCUAGGAAUGGCUAAUAAGGGUCCCCACAGCAAUGGAUCCCAGUUCUACAUCACCCUGCAGCCAACACCCUGGAUGGACAGGACCUACGUUGCCUUUGGUCAAGUGGUCGAGGGUGUCGACGUCCUCAGGAGGUUAGAAGAGACUCCGACUUGCAAUGAAAGACCCAAGUAUGAAUGUAAAGUUACAGAUUGUGGCGUGUUUAAGUUGUAGCACCGACGCACUGAUGUAUUUUAUAAUAUAUAUAAAAUAAACACAAGAUACAUGUUAA